AUGAUCGGCAUGCGCUGGACCAUGCGGCGGUCCUUCCAGUUCUCGCACGACCAGCAGAUGUCGACGAGUCCCAUCCGCGUGUCGCCAGGGUUGUCGCCGCUCCAGCGUUCCGAGGGGCUCAACCAGUGGCAGCGGCGCGACGGCCGGUCCGGCCCGCCGCCGCGGUCGCGCUCGAACCCCUACGAGAUGGCCUCGUGCCUCGCGCGGCUGCCGCCGGCGUCGGCGCCCUGGCCCGUGCGCAGCGGCGGCACGCUCCGGUCCCGGUCCGGCGCCACCGACGGCCCGAGCCUCUCCGGCUCCUUCGGCGA